AUGGGGAGGUGGCGCAUGAUGGCGCGGAGCAUGAGGCCGCAGCAGAUGGGACGACCGUGGCAACUCAUCCUUCUUGGGGCUCCCCAACCGACAACGGCAGCAAAGAGCCCGCCCGGCCUGCUGAAGGGCAGCCCGCGCCAACAGCCGCCGACGAGCCAGAAGGUGCACGAAGCAAAGGAAAACCAGAGCGUAAGCUCUGGUGCCGCCCAGAGCGGGCGUAGCACGGCUACUACCGGUGACCGCGAGAUCGUUGGUACGGCCGCCGCUGCUGGGAUACUGGGUGCUUCAGGCUCCACCCCCGCCGAAGAAGAACCCGUAGGAAUGUCGAAGGAAGGAGUGGAGACCAGCAGCACAGGCCUUGACGAAGCCGAGGCUACAGCGGCGGAAGCAGCGGCGGCGGCAGCCGCAGCGGCCGGCGCGGACGGAGACCAGGUGAAGGUUUCCAAGAAGGACGAGGAAGAAGGGAUUAACGAACGGACUGAAAGAGACGAGGCAAUGGAGGAGGAGCUGGAAGCGGCGGCCAUCCGGGAGAUUCUCGGCCUGCGCUCCGCCCAGGACCGAAAGGUACAGGUGGCCGCCACCCGGGCGGUGGAAGCCUUGCCUCCCACACAGCGGGAGUGCUUCGAGGACGUCAAGGCGUUCGCUUUCGGGGGGGCGAUCGAAGGUAAGGAAGGGGCGGGUCUCUCCGAGGAGGAAGUGGAGGCGCUGAACACGGUAGCCAUCUGUGGCGACCGGGACGGCGUGGUGUUGGCCUUCCUGCGGCAUUCGAAGUUCGACGUCCGUAAGGCCAAGGAGUCCAUGCGCCGGUGCUGCGCCUGGAGGAAGGAGAACGAGGCGGACGACCUCUUCAAGCGUGCGGUGUCCCCAGCCAAGAUGAAAAAGUACCGCACGCACUGGCCUACGGGUUUCCACAAGCAGGACCGCGCGGGGCGGCCGGUAUUCUACGACCGGGUCGGGCAGUCCGACCUCUCCAAGCUUCGGGAGGACCCGGACGGGCUCGAUCAGGACGAGAUGGUUCAGAUCUUCACACAAAACAUGGAGAUCCUGAAGAUGCCGGAGAAUCAGCAGUAUGCAGUCCUAGCCGAGAUGCGCCCUCUUAUCGGGGAGCUGUCGCGGUUGACGGCGCUGGACCCCGCCCUCGCAGCGGGGCAGAAGGUUGUGUUGGACAUGGCCACGGCGCUAGACCACUGCGAGCACAUCAUACAACCUGACACGGGCGCUAUGUGGCUUCACGAGGAGCUCCUGAGCCCCUCGGAGGAGGGGGAGCAGACAGACCGGGAACAAAUCGUUAAACAGUUGACGACGUUAUUCAAGCUGGUGCACCCCAAGGGGCUCCCCGGACUGGCUCCCGGUGGCUCCGAGGCCAGCGCCUCUAGCCGAAGACAGCGCGUCCAGCUCCUCAUGCAGGUGCGGCGUCGCUUCGUGCUGACUCGGCUUAGCCGCGAGGCCGGCCGUCCGGUGGACCAGAUGACCACAGUUCUGGACCUGACCGGGCUUGGCAUGAAGCACAUGAGGCAAGCCAAGGAGGCCAUGGCGUACACCCGGCGCAUCAGUGACAUAUUCCAGGACAACUACUCCGGCAUGACCUGCUCCUUGCUGAUCCUGAACGCCCCCUGGGUGUUCAGUAAGGGUUGGCAGGUUGUCGAAAGCUUUUUGAGUGAGGACACCGUGGCGAAGGUGAAGGUGCUCGGCAAGGGGGAGGCAGGUCUUCAACAACUCGAAGAGUACAUUCCCAAGGAGAACAUCCCGGAGUUCUUGGGAGGCGAGUCGCGCGCAGUUAUCGGCCCCUCAGACCCCCUUUGGUCGGACUUCGACCGCGCAGUGCGGUUGUGGGGCGACGACGGCGACCCUUUCCUCGACCCAAGCGAAGUGAAACGAGUCUCGCGACGCAUCGCGGGCGAACGUACGUCUUCCGCUUCGAAGUCGAAGUCGAAGUCGAAAUCGAAGUCGAGGUCAACAUCGAGGUCAGCGGUUGCUGCACCAGGAGCGAAAGGUGCGCAAGAGCAAGCGGUGCCGGCCUCCGUCACUGCCACCACGGGCGCCGUGGAAAGGGGCAACAGGAGAGGUGCUGCUGACGGUGGUCGAAAAGUACGGGUUACGUCGUCGCGGGGAGCGGCAGCUGCCUCGGUGUCGAGGGUUGGGAAGACGACCCGCAGCAGCAGCAGUAAACGGAGUAAACGGCAACUGGAUUCAGGGAAGACAGUCAAAGGAGAAAGCGAAGGGGGAUUGGGGCAUGCUGAUGGAGAGCCAGCGGUCGACGGCGAGAAGCACGAAGACAGGAGGAAGAGGAAGAGCCAUCGCCGGCAGCGCGAUGGGCUCGUCUCCAGCGAGGGCACCACGGGAGCAGGACGGCCGAGCUUGUCCUCCCACCGUCGGGCGUCGUCGUCGUCGGUCUCGCGGGGAGCGGCUUCAGACGAGGCCGGCUCUCCUUCCCGCAAAACGCGGGGAAGUAAGAGAACCACCCCUCAGGAGGAUGACUCGGAAGAGGGGACUGACACCGAGGAUAUCAUCCGUGAUGACGGUAAAGCGGUGGCGUUGGGAGACACCGUGAUCGGCGAAAGGGCACUCCAGGGUGUCGCGAAGGCUCUGGGUCCAGUGUUGGGGGCGUACUUCUUGCAGAUCGUGGCCGGUUUGGCAUCGGUCGGAAGAGUCCUGUGGGGCACUGUGGAGAGCGUUCUUUUGCUCUUGAGGGAUCUAUUUUUCGAGCAGAUCGAGGUGGAGGAGUAA